AGGGCCCCUCGUUGAAACUGACCGCGACCUGAAGAUGAUAGAGGAGCGUGAGGCGAGGACAACGUCCCGAAAAACAAGGACAAGGAAUCUCCUCCAAUAAAAAUGUUGAAUUCGCUCACAUUACUCCUGGAAAAAGUGUUCUUCCUCACUCACCUCAAUGCCUUCCGACCCAGUUUGUUGUUUUCAGACACAGACAGAGCGAGGGAGAAGAAGAGAGUUACACAUCACUGCGAGAAUGAGGGGUGGAGAGAGAGAGUCCCGGAUACCUCCGCCGGGGCCGCACUCCCAGAGUCCAUAUACCAACGGGGAGACUUGCUAGAAGUGCCCCGGACUCUAUUCACUCAUUUUGGCAUCUAUUUAGGAGACAACCGGGUGGCCCAUCUGAUUCCGGAUAUCUUGCCACUCUUUACAACGGACACGCGUUCAAUCCAGGUGAUGGUGACAAACAAACGCUUAGUUCUCGGAGUUUUAUCCAAGAGCGCCAGCAUCCGGGUGGAUACCGUUGAGGACUUUGCGUAUGGAGCAUCAAUUCUGCUGAACGCUAUGGACACUACCGUGCAGAAACGACCGUUGGAUGGCGAAGAGAUCGCGAGUAGAGCGGAGAAACUGGUUGGGAAGAUACCGUACAGCUUGCUUUGGAAUAACUGUGAACAUUUCGUUACUUAUUGCCGGUAUGGCAUUGCAAUCAGCAUUCAGACUGACAAGGUAACAUAUUGAUAUUGGCCUAGACUUGGCUAUUUCUUUAAUGUUUUUUAUACGCACGGACAUAUUGAAGAGGCUAUCUCUCUGAAAGCUAUAUAUUCCAAUGUUAAACGAGCUGCAAAAUGAUAACGGAGUUUUCCUAAAAUAGGCCCACCGCGCUGGUCACAGACGUCAAUUCGAUUUAUAUUCUAGGUUGGUUUAACGUAACAUCAUUGAAAUUACGCGUAAACAACGCUGAUUCAACCAGUGUGUGCCCAGUGGGACAUUUAAAAGAUGCCUAAAGUGUUGAUUACACAUUUGGUGUGCGUCCUGUCUACGCGAUUGGUACUGUUGCGCGCUGGUGAGUUUUCACAGAGCGACGCUGCAGGACUCUCUGUAACUAGCAGAAUCAAAACAUGAAAAUAUUCAUUUAUAGAUUAAUUGAAUUCUGUGAACUAGUAAUUGCUGGUUUAGGUGAUAGGCCUAUCUGCCUUGAUACAAAAAAAGUGAGUUUACUUAGAAUUUGAUUAAUCUCAAGCCAAAUAGGUUAAAAGUGGUCAUUAGCCUAUUUUACUCAGUGAGCAAUG